GGAAAUGGCUUCUCAUCUCCAACACUUCCUUGUUCUUGCCAUGCUCAUACUUCUCACAAUCCCUUCUCAUGCACAACAACUCAGUCCUGAUUUUUACAUGCUUUGCCCUCAGGCACUUCCAGUCAUUAAGUCAGUUGUUCAAAGAGCCAUAUUCCGUGAACGCCGUAUGGGAGCAUCUUUACUGCGUUUGCACUUUCAUGACUGCUUUGUCAAUGGCUGUGAUGGAUCAGUUCUGCUUGAUGACACCCCAAAUUUCACAGGGGAGAAGACUGCACUCCCAAAUAUUGGCUCAAUCAGAGGUUUGGAGGUGAUUGAUGAAAUCAAAGCAGCGGUAGACAAAGCUUGCAAAGGUCCUGUGGUAUCAUGUGCAGAUAUCUUAGCAGUUGCUGCUCGUGAUUCUGUUUCCAUUUUGGGAGGUUCACUCUAUUGGUACAAAGUGCCAUUAGGAAGAAGGGACGCAAGAACUGCAAGCAAGGAUGCUGCAAACUCAAACCUUCCUCCACCAUUUUUCAGUUUCUCCCAGCUUCUUGCAAAUUUCCAAGCUCAUGGACUUGACCUUAAAGAUCUCGUAGCUCUUUCUGGUGCACACACCAUUGGAUUUGCACAAUGCUCUACUUUUAGGAACAGGAUUUACAAUGACACCAACAUAGACCCCAACUUUGCAUCUUCCUUGCAGAGCACGUGCCCUAAAAGUGGUGAAGAUAGCAAUCUUUCACCGUUGGAUCGUGUCACUCCCUCAAGAGUUGACACUUCAUACUAUAGUUCUUUGCUAAGUAAAAGGGGUCUUCUUCAUUCUGAUCAAGAGCUCUUCAAAGGAGAUGGCAGUGAAAGUGACUCUUUGGUGAAGCUCUACAGCAGGAACCCUUUUGCUUUUGCAAGAGAUUUCAAAGCUUCCAUGAUCAAGAUGGGUAACAUGAAGCCUCUUACUGGGAAUGCUGGAGAGAUCAGAGUCAACUGUAGAAAAGUCAACUGAAUGCUUUCGGAGUGAUGUAGGGUUUCCACAAUGAUGUGAUCAUUUCAAAUAUGGUUUAAAUUCAAAGUUUAUUUUUAAAUAUGUUGAAUGAAAUGUCAUUUAUUUUCAUACUACUAAAUGCUGUUGCAGCUUCAAUGUCAAAGAUUUUUGAGGUUCCAUGUAUUUCUUUUUAUCAUGU